UAACGUCGAGGUUGUAAAGCGUGAGAACUCUGAUCUGUUGUGGACUUUAUGAGAAUUGUGUUACAGUUUACACACACACACACACACCUGAGACUGAGUGUUUGUUCCUCUGAACAUCAGCAUGGAUUUAAAGAAGAGAAAGAAAGUUGUGCUGAUUUCAGUGGUGUUGUCCGUCUCUGUGGUCACAAUCAUAUUAGGUUUGGGUUUGGGUCUCGGCCUACAGCUACAGAACUGCAAGAAUAAAGAUGUGUUGAUGUCAUGUAGAAACCGCUGCUAUGAACCAUUGAAUGAGAAGUCAGUGUGUCGAUGUGAUGCUCAGUGUGUGACCAGUAACAACUGUUGCUAUGACUACCAGGAGAUUUGUCUCCAGCCCACUCAGAGCUGGGAAUGUUCAUCUAUUCGAUGUGGAGAAAGUCGUCUGUCUGACAGUAAAUGUCACUGUUCUCAUGACUGCAUCACUGCUGGAGACUGCUGCUUUAACUAUAACAUCAUCUGUAAAGGAGACACAGAAUGGGUUCAAGAUGAAUGUGUUAAUAUGAUCUCACCUCAAUGUCCUGCCAGUUUUCAGCGUCAGCCGUUGUUGCUGGUGUCUCUAGAUGGGUUAAGAGCUGAAUAUCUACAGACGUGGUCUUCAUUGGUGCCAGUACUAGACAAGAUAAGAAAGUGCGGGACAUCCUCACCGUUCAUGCAGGCUGUUUUUCCCAGUAAAACUUUCCCCAAUCAUUACUCAAUAGUCACAGGCCUGUAUGCAGAGUCACAUGGUCUGGUGGAUAAUAACAUGUAUGAUCCUGUGUUUGAUGAAUCAUUCAGUCUGUCCAACAGUGAGAAAGACGAUCCAAGAUGGUACCAAGGACAACCGAUAUGGCACACAGUGAAGCAUCAGGGAUUAAAAGCAGGAACGUUCUUCUGGCCCGGAUCUGAUGUAGCCAUAAACGGGAGUUAUCCUGAUAUCUACAUGAAAUAUGAUGGUAAGGUGCCGUUUGAAGAACGAGUCCUAACAGUUCUAAAGUGGCUGCAGUUACCGGAGGAGAAACGUCCAGACUUCUUAACUCUCUAUCUGGAGGAACCGGACUCAUCUGGACAUGAAUUUGGACCGGUCAGUGGAGGGUUGAUCGCAGCUCUACAGGCUGUGGACAGAGUGAUCGGUCAACUGAUGAAUGGACUUAAACAACUCAAUCUUCAUCAGUGUGUCAACAUCAUCAUCAUCGCAGAUCACGGUAUGGAGGAAACCAGCUGUGAUCGUAAGGAAGUUCUGCAGGAUUUUGUAGGUGAUAUAAAUCAUCUGUAUGUUAAUGAGGGACCAUUCGGACGAAUCAGAGCAAAUAAUAAAACACACACGUUGGACGCUGCUGGACUUGUUGCUAAUAUGACAUGUAAACGCACAGAGCAGAAGAUAAAGCCGUAUCUGAAAUAUCACCUGCCCAAGAGAUUACACUACGCCAACAACAGACGAAUCGAAGACGUUGCCGUUAUCGUGGAGCCACGCUGGCUGUUUGAGAGACGUCCAGGAUCUCUGACUUUCUGCUCAGGGGGAACUCAUGGAUAUGACAAUGAUGUCUACAGCAUGCAGGCUGUGUUUCUCAGUUUAGGACCAAAGUUUCUCUUUCAGACAGAAGUGGAUCCGUUCUCUAACAUUGAACUGUAUAACCUCAUGUGUGAUGUGCUGGAUAUCACUCCAUCCCAUAAUAACGGUACUCAUGGUAGUCUGAACCACCUGCUGCGUGCACCACCGCACUCCCCCCAUCACCCCGAGGAACAGAGCGGACCGGGCCGAUGUCCUCUGAACAGCCUGGAGCCCACACAUCCACUGGGAUGCAGCUGUCCUGCACUGAAUGGAAGUAACCCCAAUUCACAACUCAAUCUCACAGACGCACAAGUGGCAGACAGUGAAAGGCGACACAUGUUAUUUGGGCGGCUGCGGGUUCUACAGAAGGAUGUUAAAUACUGUAUUCUGAAUCAGCAUGGAUUCAUCUCAGCCUAUAAUACACACACACACACACCAAUGUGGAGUACAUUUACUGUGAAUAAACCGGUUGAGGGGAGUUCUUCAUCUCCGAUGAUCUCAGAUUGUCUCAGAGCAGAUGUCAGGAUUCCAGCCGAUCAGAGCGCUACAUGUGAGCAGUACAAUAAUGCUGGCAACAUCACGCACGCUUUCCUGUACCCACCCAAUCUGAACAGUUCAUCUGAAGAACAGUUUGAUUCUCUGACCCUCAGUAAUGUUGUGCCCAUGUACCCACAGUUCAAGAAAGUGUGGCAGUAUUUUCAGGAGGUUUUAUUGCUGAAAUACGCACGUCAGUAUAACAGUAUUAAUGUAGUAACCGGACCUGCUUAUGAUUAUGACUAUGACGGACGCUUUGAUACUCCUGAACAAAUACAACAAUUUGUCUCAGGUACGAGCGUGCCCAUCCCCACACAUUAUUUUGCGGUUCUCACGAGUUGUGCAGAUGUCAGACAGACAGUUAGCGAGUGUAAUGAAGAACUACAGACGGUUUCUUUCCUGAUACCUCACAGACAUGAUCAUUCAGAGAGCUGCUCUAAUGAUCAACCUGAGUCACAGUGGGUGGAGCCUCUCCUCUGGAUGCACCAAUCACGUGUGAGAGAUGUUGAAUGGAUCACUGGAUUGGACUUUUUCCAAGACAGCAUCCGACCAAUCCCUGAGCUCCUUCGUCUUAAGACCCGCCCCACUGCUGCUAUUCAUCCCAAACCCUGAAGAAGCAGCACUUUCUUUCUUCUGCUCACUCAUACAGACACUGAGCCGUGUGUUAUUAUUUGGAUUGAUGAAUAGAGGACAUUAAAACGAAUGAACUGCUCUCAUAAAAAUAAUCUGUAAACAUCCGCUUCAGUUUUACUAUAACACUGUCAGACUGUGAUUGUUUAUCUCGGCUAGAACUGACUUCACAAAAACAAACUUUCUCUUUCAUUGAUGAAUUUGGCCAUGAAAACAUCCCGUCUAUUCAGACAGCAACUCUCCUUAUUGCUCACUAACAAAACACAUUAUACACACACACACACACACACACACACACACACACAUACAUGUAUAGACGGUUUCAUCGGAUGCAGGUGUGCUGAUGUGAUACAUGUCUGGAUCCAAACUUUACUUCCAGUUUCGUUUUUUUAAUGGUCUGACUAGUUGCUAAACUGAUCUCUUGAACAAAUGCCCAUCGAAAAUAACUAAUGUUUUGGUUUCCUAGGUAAUCUGUGUUGUUUAUUUUGUUUGUUAUAUAAAUAAACUACGCUUAAAGAACUUUGUUGUUAUUUAUUCUUAGCAGAGUUUACUGGAAGUUACGUGAUGACCACGACAGCGGCUUGUUUAUGUUGUUACUGCUGAAACCGUCUAUAGAUUGAAUUGACUGUAAGUCAGCACAGAGAAACUAAAGACAUGUGACCGCUUGCAUAAACUUCUUAGACUUUUAACUUAGUCAUUUAUCUCUUCAAGAAUAAUCAUAGCUGUUUUUAGUAUGCUAAUUGUUCUUCACCAAACUUAAAUCCAGAUUACUACUUUAACUAAUACUGCUGAACUCAGUGAUGACAUCAUCAUUAUAAUAACACUUCUGCUUUCACUCUUACUAUAUAGACAAACAUCAGUGUUUUUGUUUUGAGAUGCUCAUAUGACUCUUCACAUGUUUACUGUUUACUCCUUUUUACUCAAAGCUCGAGGUUCCAGUCAGAUCAUGUUUUUAGAUUUUUAUCAAACACAGUCUGACACAUAAUAAACACUAUACAACAGUAUU